UCAAGCAGCCUGGCUCAUGGCUGUGUGGGGCCUGGGGAGCCGUCUUGGCCUGCGCGGGUGCUUCGGCGCCGCCAGGCUCCUGUAUCCCCGUUUCCAGAGCCGCGGCCCUCAGGGCGUGGAAGACGGGGACAGGCCACAGCCUUCCUCGAAGACACCCAGGAUCCCCAAGAUUUACACCAAAACGGGAGACAAAGGGUUUUCUAGUACCUUCACAGGAGAAAGGAGACCCAAAGAUGACCAAGUGUUUGAAGCUGUGGGAACUACAGAUGAAUUAAGUUCAGCUAUUGGGUUUGCUCUGGAAUUAGUCACAGAAAAGGGCCACACAUUUGCCGAAGAGCUUCAGAAAAUCCAGUGCACAUUGCAGGACGUUGGCUCGGCCCUGGCGACACCACGCUCCUCGGCCCGGGAGGCUCACUUAAAGUAUACCGCGUUCAAGGCGGGGCCCAUCCUGGAGCUGGAGCAGUGGAUCGACAAGUACACCAGCCAGCUCCCACCGCUCACGGCCUUCAUCCUGCCUUCGGGAGGCAAGAUCAGCUCGGCGCUGCAUUUCUGCCGGGCCGUGUGCCGCCGGGCCGAGAGACGUGUGGUGCCUCUUGUCCAGAUGGGAGAGACCGAUGCGAACGUGGCCAAGUUCUUAAACAGACUCAGUGACUAUCUCUUCACGCUAGCCAGAUAUGCAGCCAUGAAGGAGGGGAAUCAAGAGAAAAUAUACAAGAAAAAUGACCCAUCGGCCGAGUCUGAGGGACUCUGAAAUCACAGAAAGUGGGAGCUUGGAGGAUCCCUCCAUGGCGAUGGCCGUGGAGAGAGGAGCUUGCCCUUCUGGGGUCCUGGUUCCUGAAGAGCUCACCCAGAGAGGCUCAAAGCAGCCUUUUGUCCCAGCUCAGCUUUGAUCUACACCUCUUGCCACCUUCCUCAAGGGACUGUGACCCUUUGGGGAUUCUGUCCCUGACCCUGCUUCCCCAAGCUCUCCUGGGUCUUGGAGGGAUGUGGGAAUGAAUUGGCAUUGCAGGAAAGACAGGUAAAGUGAUUUCUGCAAUGAGAAGGAGCUGUGCGGAAAAGGAAUAAAAAUGGGAAAGGCUGGAGCCGUGUGUGUGUGUGUGUGUGUGUGUGUGUGUGUGUGUGUGUGAGAGAGAGAGAGAGAGAGAGAGCCCUCCCACUGCCAGCUCAGGUUGUUCACAGAUUUGGAAUGGGACCAGAGGCCCUUGAAAAUGUAAUUGUGAUUUACCUGUGCCAAAGGGGCUUUAAAUGUCACAUUUGUAAAGGGGAAGGCGGACAAGAUUUGGAAGUUUAGUCACCUCUGAGCCACCCAUCACCGCCAAAGUGUGGGGGAAGGAUAGCUGCAGAUUGACAGGCGAGGCUCAGAAACUCCUGGCUUAGAUUGAAGUGUGUGUGAUAGGGGUGCAGCUUAGAGGACCCCCUCUGAAAGGGAUGGAGAUGCUGAUGAGAACAACACUACCACUUGAAGGUGAACAUUCCCUGUCUGGUUGGACUGAGUCAAGGGUCUGCGGUGCAGCAUCUUCAGCUUGAGAAAAUGAGGUUGUCAGUUUCCAGCAAGGCUGACAUCCACCAGACUGAUUUCUCCGAUGUUGCACUUGGCUGGCUUAUGCCUAUGAGAUCCGUGCCACGGCUGUAUUUAUUUCAGUUGUCACUGCUGCUCCCUCCUGCUAUGAAACGACACUGCCAGUGCCAGCAGUGUCCUUGGGAAAGGCAAUAUUUAUGAAGGGCAGAAGAGGCAGCCCCAAGAACCUAAAGACUGCAGGCUGCUAAUUGCAGGAAAUGACUUUGGAAGGGCAGGCUCUUGUCCAGUUUCAGGGCUGAAAUGCCUGGCGAACUCCAUUCAGCCAUCACAUAUUGACUGAGUGGCUGUUUAGCAUGGGCCACCGCGCUAGGCUCGGGACAGCUGGUCUUUCCGGCCAUCUUUCUUGCUGGCAAGUCAGCAAACAUUACCUUCUCAGUCACGUGCAUAUUUUUGCCUUCAUUCUUACCACCUUGCCUGCAAAGUUUGCAGGAGGGCCAGGUAUAUUCACUUGUGUCUUCUGGGUCCUUUCAUUGCUGACAGGCUGUGAUGGCCCUCUUGAGCCUUGGGCAGGGUGGGUGAGGUGCAGAUGACCAGGAGUGUGUGAAUGCCUUCCAGGAGGUGGCUUUGUUCUGUGCCUCCCUGCCCCCAUAGUCACUACCAGGUCUGGUAUGGAGUCGGUGCUCAGUGUUUGCAAAACAGAGCUGAAAACGGACUUUGGGAGGCCGAGGCAGGCAGAUCACCUGAGGUCAGGAGUUUGAGACCAGCCUGGUCAACAUGGUAAAACCCCAUUUCUGCUAAAAAAAAAAAAAAAAAAAAAAAAUUAGCUGGGCAUGGUGGCGGGUGCCUGUAAUCCCAGCUAUUCAGGAGGCUGAGGCAGGAGAAUCACUUGAACCUACGAGGCAGAGGCUGCAGUGAGCCAAGAUCGUGACACGACACUCCAGCCUGGCUGAUAGAGUGAGACUCCGUCACAAAAAAAAAAAAAAAAAAAAAAAAAAACCCUGAAAA